AGCACCACAUCGCGGAAAGACGGCUCGAUACUCGAGUCGAGCAACCCAAUGCUGAGAAGGUGUAACUCUCACUAUGGGGGGUUACACUUAUUAGCCGCAAGGCUCAGAUCUGGGUGUCGAGGGAUUAUAUAAAGCCCUCAUGAUUCCGUCGUUGGAGACCAGACGAAGACUGCUCUGAAGCUACCUUUCAAGACCGAUUCUCGCAAGCCCUCACCAUGUCGGAGUCUUCUGAUCUUGUGUCACUCCAGGUGCGCAUCUGGGUGGCGGAGAAGGAUGUCGCGAAAUACUUCGAAGCCCUCGGGGCUGUCUUUUACAAGAUUGCUCGCGAGCCCGAAUGCACGCUCUUCGAAGUGUAUCAGUCGCAGGAAAACAAGGGAGAGAUUUUGGUGCUCAAGAAUUGGAACGCAUCAAAGGAAUGGGUGGUGAAUCAGGUGGCGAUGAAAAGACCGUACCUCGAUGAGUACCAUGAUAUCGUCGAGCCAUUAUUUAUCAAGCCCAAAGAGGUGAUAAUCGCGGAUCGUAAGGCUGGGAAAUUCAGUGUGGUGAAGACCAAUAACGGCCAGGUCUGGCCGGCGGAUGGACAUGAAUAG